CACGGAAGUCGCAGGGUUGCUGUCUUAGUGGGGAUUUCAGUGCCGGGAUCGAAAAGGUAUUUUAAAACUAUUGUUCACAACAACUAAGGCUAUAACAGUCCGCAAGAAUGGAUGACUUUCUAUACACUAGAAAGCUUUCAGAGGAAGAUAUAAUAACAUCGCUAGGUUUGCAGGAACGGAGCCCGAGGUUGAGAUCGGUGAGGACGUUAUCAGAGAGACUGCGGAUAGCUCUAUCUAGGAGCAUGUUGGACAACUUUUGGGCCUUGAUAAAAGCAGGAGCGGACAUAAACGGAAGGGAUCGACUCAGCAGGACUCCACUCCACUUGGUCAUUUACUGGAGGAAGGAGCUGACCAUUGUGAAGGCCGUUCUCUCCGCCGGCGCUGACCCCAACGCCAUCGACCAUCAUGGCUUCACUCCGAUCCAUGCCGCCGUCCAUUCCAAUUCAAGUGCCGCCAUCUUCAAGGCUCUAAUCAGUGCCGGUGCCGACAUCGACACGGUGGAUUGUCAGGGGAAAACUCCGUUGAUAAAAUCCAUUUACAGACAGGAUAAUAUUUCCAUUGUCCGGACCUUACUAGGAGCAGGUGCAAACGUCAAUGCACCAAAUCUCAUGGUUGAGGCUGUUAAGGCCAAGGCCGAUCAGGAAAUUCUCAGAUUGUUUUUGAUGGCAGGUGCUUCAGUCAAUGCCACUUAUUGUGGACUUACCGCGAUCUAUUUUGCUGUCUUAAACGGCGAUCCCAUAAUUGUUAAAAUGCUGUUGGUAGCCGAAGCAAGUGUCGACUUUUUGCAUCCUGAAACUCGAAGGACAUUGCUUCAUGAAGUUACUGUAGGAGAAAUAGCACGAGAGCUUAUCAAACGCGGAGUGUCUGUGAAUGCAAUGGACAACCACGGGGAGACUCCUUUGCACAAAGCAGUGGCCGGAGAUCAUAUCGAAGUGGUCAUGACUCUGAUAAAAGCUGGUGCAAAUGUACAUGCCAUUGAGAGUAGUAAAGGAAAUAAUUGUUUGCACAUGGUGAGGUCCGCGGCCGUCAUAAAGGCACUAGUUACGCGAGGAGUUGAUAUAAAUGCACGAAACAGACGUGGAGAGACCCCCCUACAGACUCUAAUUACAAAUUGCAGUCUCUUAUUGUCACCUUUAAUGCGUGUUCGAGGUUUACAUGUUCGUUAUUUCAAGGAUACAAAUAGUAUGCAGAUGAACGAAAGUAUUUAUGCCGUAAAAGAAAUGUUGAAUCAAGGUGCCAUCGUGAAUACUUUUGAUUACUAUGACAAAACUAUUUUAGAAUCGGCUGUCACCCAUGGGCACUCGAAAAUGGUCGCAUAUAUGAUAAACCAUGGUGUAGAGGUCGAUUGGAGAAAAUUAUUCCGCUUGAAUGUGAUUAAUCAAACCGCCUUACAACUAUUGGUCAGGGAAUCGAUGAUUGGAAACGUUGUCGUGAAAGGAAAAAAGCUAUUUAAUCAUAGUCCCAGUGAAGAACCGUUUCUAAAUUCGGUAAAACAUUUGUUGUCCUACACGAAGCGAUGUGUCGCCGAAAUCGAACUUAUGAAGGCGAAAAGGAUCAACUGUUACAAUACAAUUUAUCAUUUUGUUGUAGAGAUAUCCCCUGAAAUAAAAGCUUUGAGACUAUGUUCUCAUUAUGAAGUGUCGGCUGAAGAAUAUUUGGCCAUGUUUCCGAUCUACAGAAAUCACGUCGGGAGGAGGCUAAACCUAUGCUACAAGAGAGGAAUGAUGCUCGAUAUUCUAGAGCUUGCGAACAUGAGUGCACCCAGGAUACAGGGCCCAGGAAUGGUCAGUUUGAUAAAUGAUUGCAAAUUUGCUAUCGCCAAGUUUCUUUCUAAUGAUGAUCUAUUCAACUGGUUAGUUGGGAUGGGUUUUAACGUCACUGAUAAAGGCUAUGUUAAACCCAACCAUUAGAAUCUAAAGCUGCAUAUCUUUUUUAAUUAUUAUGUGUUUAUACAUUUGAAAUAAUGUAAAUGAU